AUGGUCAACAAAACAGUGAAGAGCAUCUUCACCUCUCCAUCCAGCCUCCCGCCUCGGCACCAAGCCAUCGCCAAAAGCGCAGACCUCGCGAAUCGAAAAUACAUCCACUGGGACUCAUUGGCCAAGAGAGCGACUGAGCCGAACGGCCAGGACAAUGGUAGCACGCAUACUACUCCCACGGCAAGAAACGAUCCCCCUCCCCUCGAAGAAACUCUCACCAUCCGCCCAACCCUCCCAACCCACCUCCGACAAGGCCCCCUCUUCUCCAAACAAGCCACCUACACAGCAACCAGCCAGACGAACCCCUCCACCUCCACAAUCACCAUCAUCAUAACCGACAUCCCCUCACCCUACCAACAACAAUCCGCGUCUCGCCAAACCCUCACUUUCUCUCGACAUCCCCAGCAGCACCGCUACAUCUCCCCCCACACCCACCGUUUCGGCGACUACAUCUGCAAAUUCUCGCUCAUCACCACACCUUUGACGCCGCGAGUUGUGUCUUCUCCUUCGUCCAUCUUCUCUUCCGGACAUCCAACCUCAACAUCCAUUUUCUCCCCAGCCCUCCCAUCCCCCACACCACCCCAGGGUAAAAGCACAGCACGACCACCAGCCAGUAACAGCCAACCCACCGAGUACACCCUGCAAGUCCAGCUCCUAGAGUUACUAGCCGAGCAACCCAUCUGUAGCAACCGCGCAGCCGAGUCCACGACUCAGAACCACCGGACAUCAGCCAGCUGGGAUGGGGAGAAGUUCCCCUGGCAGGACUUGGGCACGUUGAGAUUUCUGGCGGCUGCUGCGGUCGAGAGGCAGGAUAGUGCUAUGGCGGAGGAUGGGGUGAGUGCAUUGGACAUGGAGGAAGGACACGCAGAGGAGGAUGGGAAGGGAGAGGCAAUGGAGGCGUAUCGGGUGGUUGUGAUGAGGUAG